AGCUUAUAAAAACAACAAAGUUUUCACGGCCUGCAAAAUGUCGUUGGAAUCCACCAGACUGACAAGAGUUGAUGCACCAAGACAAUACACAAGAUCAGCUUCGACGUGACCUUUUACAAAGUGUAGAGAAAACUAGAAGCUAUUUGGCUGCACUCUUAGAAUCCACAAGUAAGUCGCUUUAUCUGGCAUCGAAGAGGUCUCUCAACAACACGUCAAGUAGUGGAAUACCUCCAAAUGUGGGUGAUAACGAGGAACUACAUAAAGCCUUCAGAGAAGAAGUGACACAUCUUCAACAGCUAGUUGAUCAGUUAGUGAGAAGUUUUGUUCAAGCCAGUCAACUUGCCGAGCAAUAUCAGCGAAGGAUAGAGCAACGGGACCUCGAAGAUUCAACACUUUGUCAACAGCUUUCUGAGAGACUAAACCGGCUUUCACAAGUAAGUUUUUUUUUCUGUUACUCCAAGUUAGCAAUAUUUGUUUACUAUUGAUCAGCAAAUCUGGGAGAGAGAGAACAAGUUGGAUCAGUGCAAACAACUACUUCGCAGUUUUAGACAUUCAAU